CCCGGGCCCUGCUAGGUGUGGACUAUGAAACCGAGCGGAGAACCGCACUGCUCCGGUGAUCAGCGGGCGGUUCUGGGCUUGAAACUCCGGUGCGGCCUGCGUUGCGGUCCUGCUGGGGAGCCUUCGAACCUGUUUCGGAAACAUUAGGAGAACGUGAUUUCCAAAGCCAAUUAUGAAAACAUUUGUCGUUGGAAUCGGUGGGGUGACAAAUGGUGGGAAAACAACACUGGCAAAGAACUUGCAGAAACACCUUCCCAACUGCAGCAUAAUAUCUCAGGAUGACUUCUUCAAGCCAGAGUCUGAGAUAGACAUAGAUGAAAAUGGAUUUUUGCAGUAUGAUGUGCUUGAAGCACUUAACAUGGAAAAGAUGAUGUCAGCCAUUUCCUGUUGGAUGGAAAAUGCAGGACACUCUGCCGGACCAGCAGCCUCGGAAAGUGCUCGAGGGGUUCCCAUUCUAAUUAUCGAAGGGUUCCUUCUCUUUAAUUAUAAGCCACUGGACACCAUAUGGAGCAGAAGCUACUUCCUGACCAUUCCAUAUGAAGAAUGUAAGAGGAGGAGGAGUACAAGAGUGUAUGAGCCUCCAGACCCUCCAGGGUACUUUGAUGGCCACGUGUGGCCCAUGUACCUAAAGCACAGACAAGAAAUGAACGCCAUCACCUGGGAAAUUAGUAAGUGCUUUUCCCUCCUUCUCUUAAGGCCUUGUACUUCCCAUUUACAUCAAAGCACAGGAAAGAUUACUUGGAAAAUAUUUUUGGCUUCUCCCUCUCUUUCCUUUUUUUCGGUUUUUUGAGACAGGGUUUCUCUGUGUAGCCUUGGCUAUCCUGGACUCUCUUUGUAGACCAGGCUGACCUUGAGUUCACAGAGAUCCACCUGCCUCUGCCUCCCAAGUGCUGGAAUUAAAGGCAGACGCCACCGUACCCACCUGCCGUUUCCUUUUCAGCUGGUGGUUUUUGUCAAGUUUGUCAGAUUCCAAAUGAUCAUUCAUUGGACCAUCCUUGCCUGAAUGUUGCCCAUGGUGACAUUUAGACCCAGUCUCUACUCUCACCCAGCUGAGAUGUCACCAGGAAACUGUAUUAAAAAUGUAAGGUUUGGUGGGCACAGUGAUGCAAGCCUGUGAUCCCAGCACUCAGGGGGCAGAGCAGGCAGAUCUCUGUGAAUUCAAGGCCAGCCUGAUGAUCUACAAAGUGAGUCCAGGACAGCCAAGGCUACACAGAGAAACCUUGUCAUGGGGGAAGUUGGCGGGGGAGGGGAGUUAGUGAGCUUUACAAACAGGGAAAUGCCCACCUCCAGGUUCUGUGAGAAAGCUGUUUGUAGCCAAACUCAUAUGCGUUUAGCUGGACUGAGGUGGGGAAAGUAAAGUUAGGGAGAAUGGCUCUCAUCCAGACCCAUAGGAAUAACCAAGAAAAGGGCUAGGAACAGAAAAGCAUGAGCAAUACAUAAAGGAGGCUUUUGUGUUUGUAGUAGAGAAAAACAAGGGAAAGAUGUGCUACAGACAAGGAUAAGGCCCUCUGGUGCCAAUACGAUAGCCAAAGAGAAUUGGGAGGCUCUUUACAGACAGGCCUUAAACAUGGCCACAGUUGAUACAUGUUCUCUUCAGUAAGCUCUUUUGUGAGCCGAGGGGUAGAAUUACAGGUGGCUGUAUUGAACACAGGUCCUCAGCAGAACUGAGGCAUAGCGAUGUUGAAGAUGACAGACACCUCAGGAACUGGCAGGUGUUAUUUUAGGGUAAAAAAAAACAUGAAGGAGUUAUGACUACACAUAUGUUCUGAAGGAAAUAAGAUGAGGUUCCUUAGAGACAAUGUACUAGUUUGGAGGCAAUAUGAAUACUUAGGCCUGAGCUAAGAUACCAUCACUGGAAUAUAGUUCUCAUGUAGAGAUGGUGGCAAAAGUCCCUUGGACAAGGCACAGAAAUCAGACUGGCAUACUUUUGAGAGCAAAGGAGAUUUCAGCCAUACUGACUGGAGCCUGUUGGCCUCCAGGAAAGACAGCUCUGUACAGCUCUGUGCAGAAAGGACAUAGAGUCCACUUCAGAGCUGUCACUGGGUUGUGCGUGGACCAGCGGCUACUGUGCUGUAUAGGAGAAACAUCCUCUUAACACCCUUUGCUCCCUCCAUCUAAACUGCAAGUCUGAUGUUGCCAUUGUCCUGUGUCCUAAUUAAUGGCAGCUGUCAACCUCACAGGAGAGUCUUCCGAGGGAGUCUCAACUGAGGGAUGAGCUAAAGCAUGUCAGCCUGUGGCCAUGUCCGUGACAGAUAGUCUUUACUGAUGACGGAUGUGGGAGAGCAGUGCUGUCCUAGGCAGAUGGGCCUAGGCUGUACAGGAAAUCUAGCUGAGUGAGCCAGAGAGCAAGCCAGGAAGCAGCGUUCCUCUGUGGUUCCUGUGGCACACUCUUUCCUGGAGUUCCUGCCCUGGCUUCCCUCAGUGAAUUGUGACCUGGAAGCAUAAGCCACAUAAACCCUUUCUUUCUCAAGUUGCUUUUGGCUAGAGUGUUUUGUCACAGCAACAGAAAAGACACUAGGACUCCUUGUUAAACUAUAGUCAGUCCAUGGACUCCAGCUUUGGGAGAUGAAAUUUAAACUGACACAAAGGCACAGCCUUUCUCUAAAACUUUAUCUCCAAUCUGUUCCUUCCCAUGCAGCUAGCACUUACACUUCCCAACGGGUAAGUCCUCCUCAGACCUCCUCAUCCUUGCUGUGUUCUUAAUAGAGGUUCCUUUUUUUCUUUGACCCAGGUAACUUCCUUUUCUCCACAAGUGUCCAUGCAAUUUUUUUUUAAAUAUGUAACUUCUAGUCUCAUUAGCAUGUGAUACAGUCAAGGCCGACAUCUAGUUUAGGAGUUUCACAGUUGGGGGGAGGCUUCUUUUUGGUCCUCCUGACAUGCUAUUGUAUGACAGUCAGGCACCAAGGACGGACCAAGGAUACUGUCCCACGCCUAGCUUAGUGAUCCAGUGAGUCUAUUGGAGCCACUGACAACGUGGUGACUCAGAGUUGCAUCACCAAAAAGCCCACUUCACCGUGGUACUGCCUCAUGAAAAUGACAUUUGUAGAGCUGUCUGUACAACCUUCUGACUGCUCGGGGCAUAGGAGAGUUCUGUCCCAGCAGUUAUUACUGCUAAUGCAACCUCCCGAAGGGACCUUGUGAAUCUAACUCUCCGGAGCUCAAUGAGCCAAUAAGGUUAUUUGCUUUGGAGUCUUAUGAGCCUCCCUCCUCCCUCUAGGAGGGAAUGGCCCAAUGUGGAAGAAAUAAAGUUCACAAUGUACGCCAUGGCGUAAUGCUGAACCUCUUCUCUCUUUCUCUUUUCAUUCCUUCCCUCCUUUCUUAGGUCAUAGUUCUGGUCCUUUGGUGAAAGCUGUUGGUGUUGUAAAGAAAUGCCAAAGCAUCCUUUACUAAUAAGCCUGUCAACAUUUGAACCGCUAUUUCUCACCUUCCAGUUUACCUAGAUGGAACAAGGUCUGAAGAGGACCUCUUUUCUCAAGUGUUUGAAGAUAUCAAGCAAGAGUUAGAGAAGC